CUCCUCGCUAGGAGUAUUAGUCGUGGUGACUCCAUGCUCGUGAUAAUAGGAGGCAGAUAUUGAGAGCCAUUACAUAUGAUACAGUCUCCUGGAAUUUAUUAUUAGGUUUCCUCAAAUUAAAAAGUCAUUAUUCUGGUGUCUGACUGCUCAGCCUGCAGUGUCUUGACAUUAUUUUUGACUUUUAAAUGGAGUGUCCUCAUUUAGAAGAAAGCGCAAGAAUACUGGAACCAAACUUCAAAACAGAAAAUAAUCCACCAGAAUUCGUCUGCUCUGUUUGCAACACAGACAGGAGCCCAUGGAUCUGUUUGGCAUGUGGCAUUGUGAACUGUGGGAGGUAUGUUAAUGCUCAUGCAAAAGCACACUUUGAGGAAACAGAAAAGCAUCAUGUUUGCAUGGACUGUCACAAUUAUAUGGCCUUCUGCUACACAUGUGAUGAAUUUGUUAUCAAUGAUACCUCUUCUGGGCAUUUGGAGAAACUACGCAAAUCACUUGAAUCCAUUCCCAAGCUUACACAGCAAUCUCAAAAUGUCCAGAAACAUAGAAAGGGGAGAAGAUGCAGAGGUUCUACAGAUUCACUUGAAAAUGACAGGAAAAGAAGAAAAAAGGACGACAAAAAGCUUCAAAGGCCUCCACGAACAUCAGGAUUGCGUAAUCUUGGAAACACCUGUUUUAUGAAUGCUGUGCUUCAGUCUUUAAGCAAUAUACAACACUUCUGUGGCUACAUCAAACAGCUACCUUCUUUAGAAGACAAAGCAGUGAAGAUCAAAAAGUAUAACCAUGCCAAGAAGUCACGUGACCUGGGAGGAGAAGACUUACUGGUAGUUGAAGAAUUGCGAAAGAUCCUUGUAGCAUUAUGGCAAGGCAACAAGACCGCUAUUUCACCGGAGUCGCUCUUUACUGUUAUCUGGAAAGUGGUACCACGUUUCAGAGGUUACCAGCAGCAAGAUGCCCAUGAGUUCAUGAGAUAUUUGUUGGACCGGCUUCACUCGGAGUUGUUGCAGUUGCUGCCAUACCCCACUUCCAAUUCGCCCUUUAUUACGCCAAAAGGCACUUCCACAAUAGUUACAGCCAUUUUUGGUGGCCUCUUGCAGAAUGAGGUGCACUGUCUCAUCUGCGGCAUGGAAUCCAAGAAACAUGAUCCUUUUCUUGAUCUCUCAUUAGAUAUACCAAAUCAGUUUGCCAUGCGUAGUGGCAAACCAAAAGAAGGCGAGCCUGUUUGUAGGCUGUCAGAUUGUUUGCACAGCUUUACGGACGUGGAGGAGUUGGAGGAAUCAGAGCUUUAUUACUGUGGCAGCUGCAAACGGCGGCAGAAGUCCACCAAAAAAUUUUGGAUUAGACGACUACCAAAUGUCCUCUGUCUGCACUUGAAGCGUUUUCGAUGGAGCACCUAUUGUCGUGUCAAAGUAGAGACCUUUGUGGAGUUUCCACUGACAAGUCUUGACAUGAACUGCUAUGUCCUCAACAACUUGCAUGAGACAAGGGGUAGUUCAGCAGGCAGCAAUCUCUAUGACCUUGCAGCUGUUGUGGUUCACCAUGGGUCAGGUGCUGGAUCUGGCCACUAUACAUCAUAUGCCAUCCAUGAAGGGGAUGAUGUUGGUGUGGCAGGUCAGUGGUACCACUUCAAUGACAGUUCCGUGACAGCCUGCGAACCAGAAGUGGUGCAGCGUUGCAAAGCUUACAUCCUCUUCUACGUGCGACGCCAAGUCCGUUUGCCAGACUACCUCACAUGUAAUGGCGGCUCCGCCGGCAAGGCCAGCUCUAGCAAGCACAAAUAGUGACAUUGUGUGUUUGUCUGGACUUUUGCCUGUAACUGUUCACUGCAUGUUUCAAGACCAAUGCCACAAGAUUCUCCACAAUUUAUGUCUUGUUCCUGCUGUUUUCAUACAUCAGCAAGUCUCAGUCAUUGCUCAGGGGGGGGUGAUUGUAAUGUCUGGGAAAAAUUAUUCAGAUAAUUUUUAGGUAGUUGACAACUCUUUUCAGCAUGGAUGUCUUGGCAUAAUUCUUUUUUGAUGGGUGAUAAAGUACCAUUAAGAAGUUGGUUUUUUAAAAUAGGUAUUUGGAACUGAUUGAGGAGGUUUCAUAAAAUUAUAUCAUGCUGUAACCAUCUACCAUGUUUUAUUAUUAUUAUAAUUAUUUUAAUCGUGUAGAAAAUUGUUGGAAUUUUCCAAGCUAUCUGUUGUGUAAAGCAUUAACGGGCAUUAAGAAACAUGCAAACCUCAGUGACCUCUGCUUUUUAGCAGUUAAAAGAUCGACCUGAUAUCUUGCACAAAGCAAAUGGAAUACUUUUUAUGUGUGAUAAUUGUUCUGACUUAAGUAUAAUUACAGAGAAGUGCAUCAUAAUCAUUUACUGGUAGAUUAUAGUUUAACAGAAUGUGCAAGCAUACUAGUGAGUUGGCUGCAGAAGUGUUCAUGCUGACGUGUGUGGCUUUUUUCCAGUGAAGGCUGCCAUCACAAACAUCAUUCUCAUUUCCAGCUGUUAUCAGCUUUGCUCAGAAUCACUUGGUAUGAAUUUCAUAAUUUUUUUUUUAUUAAUUGAUCUUAUACCUCCUAGAUGGAAGAUGCCAAAAUUAAGUAUCAUACAGCUGUGCAGUACUUUGGGUUGUGCAUCAGAAUGGAUUAAUGAGGUUGAUAGUAGUGGAUUAACGUGCUGGAACUCAUCUUUCAAGAGUUUCCCAUCAUAUAGUUUUCUUUGGCUGCAGAAAUGUCUUUUAGCUUGUUGAACUCUGCCAUAAAAGCUUUCAGCCUUUCACUAUGUGAAACAGUUUGACAACAAACAGUAGGAUGACAAAACAUUUUGACAACAUACAAUAGAAUGACAACAACCUCCUGGAAGGUUUGCAUGUUCUUGAAAGACUCAAACUGUAAAACUGCAAUUGAAAAUGUUCAAAAUGUACAUGUACUUUUCAGCAGGUUGGACAGUAAGUUGUUUUAAUACAAAGGAAAAGUGACUUUGUGAACUGAAUCGUGAGAUCUUGCAGAAUCUUGAUCUUGUGUAUACGCUGGUUGAUUGGUGGCUUACUACUUAAAACCACUUGGAGAUUUAUUGUACAUCCUACUUGGUCAUUCUUGUCUGACAGUGAACCUGUGUGUAUAUUUUGUUGGUUGGUGUGUGGUUAUGCCAGAAAAGAAAGGCUGAGAUCUGUCUGAAUGAUGUAUGUCUGUGCUUUGUAUAUAUACAUGGGUGUGGAAGAUGUAGUAAGAAGGUGACCGUGCAAUUAUCAGAAACAAAAAUGAGCCUACAGUCCAAAGUCAUAGGUUUGGAAAUGAAAUAUUUUGUCUUGCUUUUUUGUGAAUGAGAUAUUUUAGAUUUUACCUUUUCACUUAAUCAUAUUUCUAUCAUGCAGCAAGUGUUUGAAUUGGGUUGAAAGAUUCAGUAGUUCUAUUGACUUUACUGGAGCUUGACCCAGUGUGCAAGGUGAUAUCUAUAGGAAAUAGGAAUUCAUUUUUUUGUUCAGUAAAAUAUUGGGGGAAAUAUUUCAAGAAAGGAUCUCUAUGUGACCAGUAGAUAAAAGGGAGACCACUUUGACUCAUGCAAUGUGGGAAUCACUUGUAGCAGUCAUUUGAUGCAUCACCUAUGUCCAGCUGCUUAUCUGUGUGGUAGUUUCAUACUUGUGUAGUCCAUGAAAUCAUCCUUUGGACUGAAAGAACCUCUCCAGAAGGGGAACAUAAAUGUAUGCUUGCUUUCUGGCAUAAUACACCUGUACCUGUCAAGACAUUCUUAAAUUUACAAAAUGUGUGUUCAUGUAUCAGCUGAGUUUUCUCUGGUAUUGUUCAUAGAGACUUUUUACUUUAAGGAUUUUGGUUGAAAUAGUCUCUGUUCUUGUGGGUGCUUAACACAAAGCCAGGAUAAUGUGAGGAUUUAGAAUGUACUUUGUAUGCAUAUGCAAACUUCGGUUAAAAUGAAAAACAUUUUGAUGUCAAGAGAGAAUACAUGAGAUUACGACCAGGGGAAGGAAGGAAGAAGGAAAGAAAUGAAUAACAUUUUGAUGUUGAGAGAGAGAAAAUAUGAGGCUUUUAGUUUCUUUACACGAUGUUCACUGCUCGGGCACUCUCUCCGCUCUCAUGUGAACUCCAAUUUCUAGUUUUCUUGUAUUUCAAAAAGAAUAUAUUUUACUUGGAUCCAGCAGGAACAAAAUGGGUUUUCAUUUAAAUUGAUGGUGAAAAGCUGUUGAUUGCUACAAGAAUUGUAAACCUUUAUUCACUCAUAAGCUGUUUGAAAAAGCAGUUGGUGUUCUAAGGGCUUAAUGCUUUUAACAAGUUGUUUUUGCUGGCCAGUACUUCCUGUAACUGUAACAAUCUGCAGGUGGCGCCCUCUUUGUGAUUAAGAAAACUUUUCCUUUCCCCACCACCUCGUCUGAAAAAGCUUUUCCCACUAGAGGUCUUUGGUGCUUCUUCAUAACUAUCACUCUUUUGUGAUAUUUGCUGAGAUGAAUACACUAGGGUUUCAGGACUGUUUUAGAAUUGGCAAAGGGAUGAGGGUAAAUGUGGUUGUGACAGAAUCAUGUGGGGAAUGCUGUGACACAUUUAAAGCAGUGGUUGCAGUCCUGGGAUUUUUCUAUUAAACCUCUUGCAUUUAGCAGCCCUAUUCUGAAUGGGUUUGAUUUGUUAAUAUUACUUGUCAUUGUGUGUGUGUGAAUGACAUUUCCAAGUUAGCAGCGCCGGGUAUUUGACAAGUUAUAUGAAGUAUAUGAAGAAUGGAGUUAACAUUUAAAACAUAUCUUUGCAUCAUGUGAGCAGAUCUCUAAGACUUGGUGUGUGCUUGUUCGUGCAUAAAAUUUUUUGUGAGUGCAUGUGAGAGAUGCUAUAACUUUCCAUUGGCUUUCACUAUUGAAAUAAGUAAGGAGAAAUACACAUUCUAGUGCCAACAUUUGGAGAAAAUAGAUGUAAGGAUUCAGAUUGUGAUGAUGGAUACUGACACAGGGUGCAAUCUUCAUUCCUGCUGUACAAGAGAGGAUUUGGACAUUGAAAACUGCAAACUUUGACCCAUCCAACAUUUUGAGGUCACCCUGAAGAUCUGUUCAUAUGCCACACACAUCUAAUUUGUCAUUUUCAAGUUGUUGACACAUGUGAUCCUGUUGUCUAAACACUGUUUUGUUUGUUUUUCUGAUAUUGGAUCCUUUUCCUGUGCAAAAAAAUUGAACUCGUUUAACACCUGGCUAAAAGUCUACAUAGGAUGGUUAAGUUAAAGGUAAAUGCUUUUACUAAAAGUUCAAAUGUGUUGCCAAACAGGUGGCUGUGGAUUGCAUGGGUUAUGUCAUUCUGAGCUUUGCUGCAGAAUGCUCCUGAAUGCCGAGUUGUCUCUGUUUUGUGGUGCAUUGCUCACCUUGACUUGCUUGUUGUAUGAAAUGCCUGUAAUGGUGUGCCAAGUGGGAUAUCAUACUGUAUAGAGACAAGUUGACCAAAUGUUAAAUAAAGAAGAGAGAAGGGUU